AUGUCCUCUAAUUCAAAAGAACAAGCUGUCUUUCAAGCCGUUGAAAGUGGUGCUUUUAAAAAUGCUCAUCAAUUGAUAACAAAACUCUUGAAAAAGAGUCCCCAAAAUACUUAUUACAUGUCAAUCAACUCUUACAUUAUUUACUUACUAGGUAAAAAAGACGAAGCCAUUAAAAUGGCUAUUGACAUAAUGAACUCUAAUCCUAAUAAUAUUAAAACAAUCAAAUUUCUACACAACUUUUUUAAAAAUUCAAAUCUAAUAAAAGAAUCAAAUCAAAUCUUUGAAAAUGCUGUCAAAAAUUUUCCCAAUAAUUUCGACUUGAUCAAUGAAUGGAACGAAAUCAACCUCCAAGAAUUAAAUAUCAGAAACCUACAAAAAUCAAGCGCUUAUUUGCAAAAAAUUAACAUUCAAAAGACUAUAAAAAGAGAUUUGAUCUUAAACUCUUGUUUCAAUUACUACUUGGUAUCAAAUUUAAAAGAUGCUACACCUUUUGAGAAAAACUUAUUCCCAAAAUUAGGUUUGAAGCUAAUUGAUUCAAUCAAACCCUUAACUACAACCCAAGAAUUAUUUAUUCAAGUCUCAUUAUUAAAACAAUCUAAUCAAAACAAAGAAAUCGUUCACGUUAUUGAUGUUUUUAAAUCAAAAUCAAAGUUAGACUUGAAUCUACAAAUCAUUUACCUAAAUUCCCUCUCAAUUUUAAAUGAAAAUUCAAAAUUAUUUGAAUUUUGUACCAACUUGAUUAUAAAUGAAAAUUUCGACGAUUAUGAUACUUGGAUAUAUUUCUAUAAUUCAUCAAUUCAACUAAAUAAAUUAGAUCAAUUUACCGAUUUAGUUAAAAAAUUUGAAACUAAAAACAAAAAUUCAAGAAAUAUUAAAUUAAUUCAAAUUUAUAUGCUUGAUAAUGAUUUGCAAAACAAUAACAAUAAUAAUUUUCAACCUUAUGAAAAUUAUCUCUUAAAAUUUGCUGUUAAAAAUUGUUGCUUUUAUGAUUUGAGAUCAUUUUUUAAUAGUAAAUCUUUUAAUCAAGAAAAAAUUUUCAAGUUUUUGAAUCAAGACCAAUAUAAACUAUUAAAAAUUGAAGAUUUGCUCAAAAAAAAUAAAAAACCAACUUUAAAUCAAAUCACUUGGUUAGUUAAUUUACAAAAAUUUAAAGCAUAUUUUAAUAAAGAUAAAUUACUAUCACAAUCUAAUGAUAAUGAAUUUAAAGAAAAAUUCUUAAGUGAUAAUAUCAAUUAUUACAAUUCAUCUAAAGUAUUAUUGAAUGAAAAACUUGAGACUGAUUACUUUAUUGCCGAUGAAUUUCUAUUUUUAAACUUGCAAAUAUAUCUAAACAAUAACACAAACGAUGAUAAAACGAUUUUAAGUUCCAUUGUUAUACUAGAAUAUCUUCUUGAAUCAGAUAAACAUGAAUUUCAUUUAAAAUUGUGGUUGGUUGUUCUUUACAGACAGUUGAAUUUAUUCAAAAGUGCAAUUGGUAUUUUCAAAACAUCAUCAAUUAAAUCAAUGCAACAUGAUACAUUAGAUUAUUAUAUUUUCAACAAGUUAUCGUCAACAUUUCCAAGAUCAAAUUAUUUUUUAAUUAGAGAUUUCUUUAAGGAUAACAGUAAGUUUUACAGUCAAGAAAAUCAAUUUGAUUAUUUAAAUUAUUAUCUCGAGCAAUCUUAUGCUAAGAAAUCAUUUUCUCAAAUUGAAGAUAUGAUUUUAUUUGUUAAUAGACUUAAAAACUCAUCUUCAAGAUACUUGGCUUUAUUUGAAAGAUUCACAUUUAAUAAAAUUAAUAAAAGUUCAAUCAACGAUUUUAAAAAAGAUUUAAUACAGUUGAAUAAAAAAUAUUUAGAAAUAGAGAAUACAGAAUUUUUUGAUAACAGAGAUUUUACAACAAUAUGGGAAUUUGGAUUCAGUGAGGAAUUGAAUAAUAUAAGUGAAAAUUUGGAAUUUUUUUCCAAGAGGAACGAGAAAAAUUCUUCUGAUUUCAUAAAGUUGAAUUUAUUCAAAACCGUUUUAAUUUAUAAUAAUGAAAAAUCAAUUGGGGAAGUCAACGAGUGUUUUAAGAAGUAUGAAACAUUAUAUGAAGACAAAAUUGAGAAACUUGGAUUAACUGAAGUUGAAAAAAUUGGUUUUCAAGUUAUAUAUUUGUUGUGCAAAUUUAUAAUUCAAAAGGAUAAGAUUUACUUGAAUCAACUUGAAGAAAUAUAUUCUAAUGAAAGAAUUUUCAAAAUGAUUAAAGAGAGUUUUUCUAAAGAAAAACAUGAAUUAAUCAACUGGAAAGACAAUCAUUUAUUAAUAACAUCAAUUGAACUUUUAAAUGAUGUGAAUAAGUUACUUAUCAAUUAUGAUAGCAAGAUAAGCAGCAAGUUUAGAAAAAAUAUUAAUAAGCUUAAAAGUUGCAAUAAUGAUUGUCUUAAGAAAGUCAAAGAGUUUAAAGACAAUUUGAUUUUGAAACAAAAACCAGAAAAUGAAAAUGUUUUAAAAACAUAUCAAAGAGAGAUUGAAGAAAGUGAAUUAAUUAAAGAGUUGAAGAUCGAGAAAAAAUUUAUUGCAAAAAUAUUUGAUAACAUUAGAGAAGAUUAUCAUGAAAACUUUGUCUUGUAUAAGGUGAUAUAA